UCUCUUCCGCCGUGGCUCUGAGGUCAAAAUGAAGUUCAAUCCCUUUGUGACCUCUGACCGAAGCAAGAACCACAAGAGGCAUUUUAAUGCCCCCUCCCAUAUAUGGAGGAAAAUCAUGUCUUCCCCUCUUUCGAAGGAGCUGAGACAAAACUACAACUUCCGCUCCAUGCCCAUCCGGAAGGACGAUGAAGUCCAAGUUGUUCGAGGACACUACAAAGGUCAGCAAAUUGGCAAGGUGGUCCUGGUUUACAGAAAGAAAUACGUGAUCUACAUUGAGCGUGUGCAGUGGGAGAAGGCUAAUGGUACAACUGUCCAUGUGAGCAUUCAUCCCAGCAAGGUGGUAAUCACAAGGCUAAAGCUGGACAAAGAUCGCAAAAAGAUCCUUGAGCGAAAAGCCUAA